CCGCCCACAUUUGGUCUUCCUUGUAUUCUCACAAACUUUUGUUGAGAAAGAUCAAAGAGGAAGAAAUGCGUGAAAAUCCCAAGCUUACAAAUGCCUUAGAAGCUUUUAAAGACUCGUCAAGUGAAGAAUCAAGCGAGUCAAGUGAUUCAAGUGACUCAAGCUCCUCGGAAGAGUCAAAUGAUGAGGAAGAUGAAGAGAAGACAAUGAGAAUGAAGUAUACGGAUUUCCUCAAAUGGAAGAAGUAUGUGAAGAGGAAAGAAGUAUAUUCAAAGCCGAAGAAAGAGCGACAUAAGCCAAGUGGCAGCCGCCGUUACCUUCUUGGUAACAAGUGGUGCUUUCAUUGCUGCAACUCUUCUCCCUUCAUGUCUUUCGACACCAAAAAGACCAGCGACAGCCCCUUGUCGGUGACGACCGUUAUGCAAGCUAUUCAGAACCUUGGUGUGGAGUUGAACGUCACCAACAAGAAGUUAGAGGCCCUAGCCGGCAAGGUUGCUGCUGACGAUGGUCGUACGCUGUGACAGGAGGCACGGUGGAGCCCACUGUCGUCUCGUACUUUACGAUGCGGUGAAAAUUCUGAUCGGCAACAGCGGCUUCGCAUUAACCCACCGCAUUUUAAUGGGGACGAUCCGGUGGGGUGGAUUUUUUGUAUCCAACAAUACUUUGAUUAUUUCUACUCGUUGGUAUGUUCAUUGAUCAUCCGGCAUUGGAAUGGUAUCGAUAUUAUAUCACGAACCAGUGUGGUACUACGUGGCAUGACUUCCUAAUUGCAGUAAAGCAACGGUUCGAUC